AUGGGGGACGCGGCAGCUAUCGAUAACAAGGGGGGAAGCAGGGGUGCAUCGCUCAUCCAACAAGCAUGUGUCAGCAGUCCUUGCUGGAGGGACAUUAAUAAGCCUCCAAGUUAUACGAAUGUAGAUGACCUCUUCAGUCAGCCUCCCAGUCGUCCUAAUGUAAAUGACCUCUUCAGUCAGCCUCCCAGUCGUCCUAAUGUAGAUGACCUCUUCAGUCAGCCUCCCAGUCGUCCUAAUGUAAAUGACCUCUUCAGUCAGCCUCCCAGUCGUCCUAAUGGAGAUGACCUCUUCAGUCACCUCCCAGUCGUCCUAAUUCAGCCUCCCAGUCGUCCUAAUGUAAAUGACCUCUUCAGUCAGCCUCCCAGUCGUCCUAAUGUAAAUGACCUCUUCAGUCAGCCUCCCAGUCGUCCUAAUGUAAAUGACCUCUUCAGUCAGCCUCCCAGUCGUCCUAAUGUAAAUGACCUCUUCAGUCAGCCUCCCAGUCGUCCUAAUGGAGAUGACCUCUUCAGUCAGCCUCCCAGUCGUCCUAAUGUAAAUGACCUCUUCAGUCAGCCUCCCAGUCGUCCUAAUGUAGAUGACCUCUUCAGUCAGCCUCCCAGUCGUCCUAAUGGAGAUGUCCUCUUCAGUGAGCCUCCCAGUCGUCCUAAUGUAAAUGACCUCUUCAGUCAGCCUCCCAGUCGUCCUAAUGUAAAUGACCUCUUCAGUCAGCCUCCCAGUCGUCCUAAUGGAGAUGACCUCUUCAGUCAGCCUCCCAGUCGUCCUAAUGGAGAUGACCUCUUCAGUCAGCCUCCCAGUCGUCCUAAUGUAAAUGACCUCUUCAGUCAGCCUCCCAGUCGUCCUAAUCCUCCCAGUCGUCCUAAUGUAGAUGACCUCUUCAGUCAGUAUCCAAGUCGUCCUAAUGAAGAUGGCCUCUUCAGUCAGCCUCCCAGUCGUCAUAAUGUAGAUGACCUCUUCAGUCAGCCUCCCAGUCCACCUAAUGGAGAUGACCUCUUCAGUCAGCCGUGUGGUCAUCCUAAUGUAGAUGACCAAUUCAGUCAGCCUUCCAGUCGUCCUAAAGAAGAUGACCACUUCAAACAGCCUCCCAGUCGUCAUAAUGUAGAUGACCACUUCAGUCAGCCAUACAGUCAUCCUAAUGGAGAUGACCUCUUCAGACAGCCUCCUAGUCGUCCGAAUGGAGUUGACCACUUCAGUCAGCCUCCCAGUCGUCAUAAUGUAGAUGACCAUCUCGGUCAGCCUCCCAGUCAUCUUAAUGGAGAUGACCUCUUCAAUCAGCCUCCUAGUCGUCCUUAUGGAGAUGACCACUUCUGUCAGCCUACCAGUCGUCAUAAUGUAGGUGACAACUUCAGUCAGUCCCCCAGUCGUCAAAAUGCAGAUGACCUCUUCAGUCAGCCUCCCAGUCGUCAUAAUGUAGAUGACCACUUCAGUCAGCCUCCGAGUCGUUAUAAUGUAGAUGACCUCUUCAGUAGCCUCCCAGUCGUCAUAAUGUAG